UUAGCAAUCCAGAUGUUGAAAUAGACUCGCAAAAGACAGCCAAGGACACCACAAUAUCGGUCUACGUUUGAGCUGUUUACUCCCUUUGCCUGGAAACUUUAUAAAGAACAGAGUGACCAAAAAUUUUAAAAGAAACGUCAUUUUCAGAACCUAUAGGUAGCUAUAUAGCUUACUGGGAUCUCUUGACUGGAGCAAUUUAUCUAGGAUACCAACAACCACCAACAUUGGAACUUUACGCAGAGGUAACAACGUUUUUGAAAUUGAACAUCGUUUCAUUGGAGCCGGAAAUUCUUUCCACACUGUUAUGAUAUCUCUGAAGUAGCGACCUGUGAUGGGACAUAAAAAACGGAUUUUUAUCAAAUAAGAUACUUUGAUAGUACACUGGUUUGCAGUACGUUUUCUGUGUAACCAGUAUUAAGUGGAUAUAGGCUCAUGGCUCUCCAUUUAUUGCUGGCAGCUCUACUGCUUUCAUUCCCUCUCUGUGGUGCGAUUUUUACCGGACCUUUGCACCCGGAGAUGUCCAAUGGCACCUUCCAUCACUACUUUGUUCCGGACGGCGAUUACGAGGAAAACGACGACCCGGAAAAAUGCCAAAUGCUCUUCAAAAUGACAGACGACAGAAAAUGCGGGAUGGAUGAAAACCAGGAUUCGGUCAUCCGGGAUGACUUCACAAUCAUUAAGCGACACAUAGAAGACGCUGCGAGGGUUCUGGAGGGGGUGGGUAAAAGCAUAUCUUACGACUUGGACGGGGAGGAAAGCUAUGGGAAAUACCUCAGGAGGGAGACUACGCAAAUCGGCGAAGCUUUCACCAACUCCGAGAAAUCACUGCUGGAACUGGAGGUGAAAUUCAAGCAGAGCCAAGAGAACGAGCUGAAAGAGGAGCACCGAAUCAACGACGACUUUCUGAACAUGAUUGUUCACACCAGAGAUGUGUUAAAGGAAACACUGGACAUCUCUGUCGCGCUGAAAGACAAGCACGAGUUACUCUCCCUCAUUAUCCGCAGCCAUGGGACCCGAUUAAGCCGACUAAAGAACGAAUACUUGAAAGUGUGAUGGGCUUUGCAGUACGCCGAUGUGGGGAAAUACUUUGUUUUAACUUUGUCUCUGCUUUUUACCAAAUACAUGAAUUGCGACUAAAGGAAAAUAUGCUCGCUGCAUAACCGAUAGCCACAGGCUACAAUAAAUACAUUCAAGAAAUCACUAGACGCUAACAUGAAACGUAGGACAUAAUUUAUUUACUAAGGCUAUAGGCUAGCCUUCGCCUAUGAACAUAUACAGUCUGAUUUGUGCUCGAUUUCAUGUCUAUGGUCUAGACUUUUUAAAACCUCGCAUAUAUUUAUGUUAUUGUGUUAGCUGUUGCAAUCCGGGCUAUUGCAAUGAUUUGUGACCCGUUCUAUCAUAAUCAGUCGUAAGGCCAAUUUCACAUAAAUUGAUGUUUAAAAACACGAUUUGGUGGCACUCAAAAUGAAACGGGACACAACUCCCUUCAUAUCUGGAGUAGAUGGAUGACAUUUGUAUCUCUAUGAAGCUUACAUUGUCCUAUUUUGAUUAGUUUCUAAAACGUUUGGGGUCAAUAUGACUGAAUUUGACAGAGCAGGUCACAUUUGUGUGAUUGUGUUUGUGGCAAUACUGUUUAUCAACAAUAAGUCCCCCUUCAUGAGCGAUACAGCUUGUUAGAGACCCAACAUAGAAAAACUUAUGAGAACACAAUAUUCAGUCGUAUGACCGAAUAUUUUGAAGACAAUGGAAUAAUAUUAACCAGUUCACAGUUUUGACCAAUGGGCCAAGCCUAUAGACCUAUUGAAGUCGCUACUCACAACAACUUGUAGUUAAAAUGUGCGUAAAAAAACGAAAGCACUGGUUGUUUUUUUGUCAUUUUAUACUACUUUACAUAAAAAAUAUAACAUAUAAAAUUACCUUGCAAUGACCCACGAGGGUAGUUUUCAUGUUUGUUUGUUUUUUUCAAUAUUUAAACUUUUUAUUAUGUUUUUGGAAGUAAAUGCAAUAAUUUAGAUGUAGCCUAGUCAUGUCGUCAAGCCAUAGCUUCAUGGAGUUGCCUACUUGUAAUUUAUGCAAUUAUAACUUAAAAUUGUAUACAUUUCACUUUGAAAUAUGUUUCUUCAUUAUCAGUUUAUGUCUGUGCGUUAUGCCGUUUGGGAAUGCAUAUUGUAUAAUUUCGCUUAUGGGAAUUAGUUAAUGCUGUGUGUGUUCAUAUGUUUAAGGGGGUAUUAUGUUUUUAUCUUCACAGCCUAUUCUUGAAAUGAAACAGACCGAGAUUAUCAUCUAGUCUAACAAGAAACUACCGCAGGCAGGUAUGCACAUCAAAGGUGUGGCGCGAUAGCCAAGUAUUGUUUAUGUGGUAGGCGAUGUUGUGAUGUGAGUUCCACACUCUCUUUCUAAAAUACUAGUUUAAUGCUGAACAAGUCAGUGACAGAACUAACUUUCCUUUUUCAUUUUGCAUUAGUUUGCAUUAAAGACUAUUGUUUUAUUUCACCCAUUUUGUCCAUAGCUUUCUAUCAAAGAUUUUCGAUGUUUUAUGAACACAAAAACAGAUAUAGCUAUUCACAAUGACAUGGUGGAAGCUGAAAACUACAUUUAUCUUAAUGUGUUCUUUGUUAAUGUUGGUAUCUAACUUGUUUUGGAGCAUUAUACAAUGUAAUAGUAUUUGUCAGCUUCACCUAAAGGCCCACUACUCUUUGUACCAUUUCAAUUUUCUAUUCCCAGACUCCCUUGGUCGGCUGGAGGCCAAAUUCCCAUAAUUAACAGCCUGAGGCAAUACAAUGAGCCUAAUUAACAUGGUCUGUGAAGGUGAAGGCUUGUAUGCGUUUGCACAUGUGAAUGACCCUUAAGAGUGCUGGAACACUGGAGUCAGUCCAUGGAAAAAUAAAAGGAAGAUUAGUUGCUAACUAUAUAAUAUGCAUGUUGAAAUGGAAAUUGAAUGACCAUCAGAUGUCUGGAUUACAGGUUCAGAGGUCCAGCAGAACAUCUGUUUCAGUUAAAAUGUACUAGGCCUAUGCAAGGUACUGUAAGUCAAAACAUUGUCCAUCUGGAAUUUUGUUGUAUGUUGGUUUUUCAAUAGAGAUAAUUUCCAUCAUUGACAA